AUGUUUCUUUUCUUGCGCUCUCUUCGCGGUAGCGUCAUUGACUUCAAAGUCCUCAUUUCGCAGCGUAUAUUGUCUAAGGCAAUUGCUUGCUCGCAAAAACUAAUCGUCCCAACUACGAAAUUCAACACUCUCAAUUAUGGGGAAUCACGCAGACGUUAUUCGACCGUUUCUCUUUUUGGCGUUCGCCUGCUCCUAUGGAUCAGUGCAGUAAUCACCUUGGGCCUUACUGCAUGGGUUGCCGAUCACCUGAAGGGCUACCGGGUCAUUUUCACCCUUGUUAUUUCGGUGCUCACUGCGGUUUUCUACAUUCCAUCUCUCUUCACCGCAUUGAUGCAUCGCAACCGUGGUUAUAUGCUUCCAUUGGACAUAAUCUUCUAUGCCCUAUGGCUAUCAGCAUUCAUCUUCGUUGCGCAAACUGAUGGCUCUGCGAAUGGGGUCACAUGCCACUACUAUAGUUGGGACAGUGGUGCCUGCAGGAGAAGGAAUUCUAUUGAAGCGUUCACUUUCCUGUCAUUCUUUUGGACGCUCUGUGCCUUGUGCUUGGAAAUCGCCAAUAUUUAUCUCGAUGAGCCAGCAGUUACUACCCAUCCCGAGAAGACCAACUUAACGGCUCAUGGUGCCAACAAUGGAACUGCUGCAGCAACGAAUGGUGCGCACUCUCAAGUUUGA